AUGAACGAAUUCCAAGCACUUCUGACGUUGCUCGGCAUCCUCGUAAGUGGAUUUCUAACAGCAUCAUUCGCAUCGGUGGAAACAUUCAGAAUAUUAUUCAAUACCUAUCACGUGUCCAGGUACACGAGAGAUAUCCACGAGCCAGAGUUGCUUGUGCCGAGAAGAGUAUUCGAGGACGGUAGUUUCAACACGUACUCGCUGCCGAAUUUCUACGAUCGUCAAGAGAUCAGCGAGCGCAGGAAGAGAUCGAUCGAAGAUAGAGAAGAGGAAACGGAGAUGGACAAAUUACACCUGGUGCUGCCUUUUAAAGGGAUCGAACAUCACGUGGAGCUCAGUCCUUAUCAUGAUUUCAUUUCACCGGACAUGGUGAUAGAAACGAGAGGCUCGGGUAUAAGGGACAACCUAAACGAAGCUUUGCGAUUUAAAAGAGUGCCGGAUCGACAGUGUCAUUAUCGAGGCUUCAUCAGAGGCCAUCAUGGAUCUAGAGCUGCGCUGUCUUUAUGCGAUGGCGUGGUCGGUUACGUGCAAACUAAUCACGGACGAUAUUUCAUCGAGCCGAUGAACGAUGUAGAACCGGAAGAGGAUGGUCAGCACGUUCAUAUCGCGUACAGACGCGAGGCUCCUCACGAGAAGAAAGAGAAUCAAGACGGUACUCCAAAACGACACUGUACCGUCGGUGACGAUUGGGAGGCGGCGUGGGCAGAACAGUUGGCCAAACGACAGAAACGACUAAUGGAAGAUAAUUCGAUCGGGACGAAACGAGAGAAUCAAGUCAGUUUCGGUACCCACAGCAUACAUCGUUACAUAGAAAUUGGAUUAGUCGCGGACAGAAGGUUCCUCGACUUUCACAACAACUCUGACUACGAGCAAUAUCUCUUGACGAUCAUGAACAUGGUGUCGGAUUUUUAUCACGAUAAGUCUGUUGGCAAUCAGAUCGACGUCGUGGUUGUUCGUAUGAUAUAUCUGGAGAAAGAGAAGGAAGAGAUAGAUUUGCUCAUCAGUCCCGCAGCCGAAGAGACGUUGGCAAGUUUCGCUAAAUGGGCCGACAAGAUGAACCCUAAGGACUCGACUCACCCGAACCAUCACGAUAUUGGAGUUCUCGUAACCAGGUAUGACAUCUGUUCAGAGGGAACGAAUUGCGAGCUGAUGGGAUUGGCAUACGUUGCAGCCGCCUGCGAUUCUACAAAAGCAGCCUGCAUCAACGAAGACAGUGGCCUCUUGCUUGGAAUCGUAAUUGCCCACGAAGUUGGUCACGUGAUGGGCUGUUCGCACGAUGAGCCAGCAAUCAGCGGGUGUCAAUCUCAAGAUAAGGACGAAAGUUACUUCAUCAUGUCGCCUAUUGUAUUCAUCUUCACGAUCAGAUGGUCGAGCUGUAGCAAGAAAUUCAUCACCAGCUUCCUCGAGAGCGGCCUGGGCGAAUGCUUGAACGACGAUCCGAAAAAUCCUCCGAAUAAGUUCGCUUAUCCAAACAUGCUACCCGGUGCGAUGUACGAUGCAGAUUUCCAGUGCCUGAUGAUGUUUCCUGAGUCGAAACACUGUCCAAAUAGCAGGUUAAGAGUGUGCGACAAACUCUGGUGUAAUACCAAUGCGAGCUGUUUCUCUCGCGGGGCUCCAAUGGCCGAUGGAACCAAGUGUGGUGAGAAAAAGUGGUGCAUUCACAAGCAGUGCGUGGACAUGGGCACGCGACCUACAGCAGUGCACGGGGGCUGGGGCAAAUGGGGUCCAGCGGGCACUUGCAGUAGAACCUGCGGGGGUGGUGUGAAAUUCACAGAGAGGGAAUGCGACAAUCCACCGCCAGCAAACGGAGGCAGAUAUUGCAUCGGCGAGAGGAAGAAGGUGGCCUUAUGCAACACCACGCCCUGCGAUCCCAAGAAACCCUCUUUUCGUGCGGUGCAAUGCGCGGCAUACAACAACAGGAAAGUCCUUUCCAGCGGUCUCCAUCAAUGGUCAGCAUACUAUGGUACCAACGUAGAUCCUUGCGCUUUGUACUGCAUUAACGAACAGCGCAUCUUUGUGAAAAUUACUCCGAUGGUGAACGAUUCAACCCCUUGCAAACCUGGAACGAAUUAUAUGUGUAUCAGUGGCAAGUGCAGGAAAGUUGGCUGCGAUUGGGGAUUGGAUUCGAACGCGAUCGAAGACGGUUGUGGAAUUUGCAAGGGCGAUGGUACUAAAUGCAAACCCGUACAAGGAUUCUUCAACUUAACCGAAGCGAAAGUUCGAUUCGAGAAGAUAGUGACGAUACCUAAGGGUGCUCGAGGCAUACACGUCGAAGAACUAAAGGACCAUCGUAACACAUUGGCAGUGAGAUACGAGAAAAAAGACGUUUAUUGCUUAAACGGGGACAUGUCCGAGGCAAGAAGCGGUGACUACGAUUGUGCGGGUGCUCUACUUAUCUAUCAGCAUCCCGAACCACACAGAGAAGAAAUUCUGAUAAAAGGACCUAUUACAGAGGAUAUUCGUAUAGAAUACCUGUUCCAUAUCGUGGACAGCAAUCCUGGGGUCCGUUAUGUAUAUUACGUGUCGUCCACUGAUCCGUCAUAUACGCCGAAAUACAUGUGGGAUUUCAUGGAGUGGUCCGACUGUAACGCUAAAUGCGGUGGCGGCACAAUGAUUUCUGAAGCAACGUGCAGCGAAGAACACGGUGGCAAAGUGAGUCCCACUUUCUGCAAAGACAUACCGAAACCAGAUCCUAAAAGCCGCAUUUGCAAUCCAAAUCCUUGCCCAGCAAAGUGGAGAGUGAGCCAGUGGAGCAAGUGCAGUGCCUGCGACGACAAGAAGGGAACCAGGCAUCGUAAAGUGCAGUGCGUGAAGCCUGCAGCUCGCGAAGGCGACGACGACGUCCAGGCAAACUUCAACGCGUGCAAAGGUCGCGUGCCGAAGCAGCAAGAAGAGUGCAUCGGUAAGAGACCGUGCAAGAAGACCUGCGCGAAGAAGACCCGGGACGCGGACGAGAAUGUCGAAACGGAAAGGGGAAAGCAAUUGAUACCGGAGGAAAAGCAAUCGAGGAUGAUCGACAAGUUCGUAGAUUUGAGUUUGGCACGGUACCUGGCGAAAUCACACGGCGACGUGCCGAUCGAGGCAAACGAAUUCGAUAGGACAGGGGACCUAGCCGAUUUCCGGCAGCUCCUGCGCGACUGGUCGAUCGUGGACGAGGAGAAGAAGAAACGUGGCACCUGCGACAAGGACUUAACCACGCCGCAACCAGGCUCGAUCAUCAAGGACUCGGUGCCGAUUGGAAACGUUGUGCUGGAGGAGGUACCGUACAUUGAGGAGAGCCUUCAGGCGAAUCUGUCGGACAAGGCUUUCCAGCAAUCCGGCGACCUGAUCGGUGCCAGUAUCGAUACUUCUCGCGAGAAGGUAUACAAGGGCGCGAAAGCUGUCGCAAUGAUCGAGCAACUGGCUGGUCAUCGAGAGACUACGCCUCUGGUUCGCACCACCAAUCAAAGCAACACUUAG